AUGGAAAUUAAUGAUUCUACCAAUAUGAAUCUACUUGAAUCUGAAGAUUUAGGCAAAAUCGACAUAAAUGAGAUAGUACGAAAACCAACUGUUCAGCGAUCUGCAAAAGGACCUGUCUGUAUUGAUGAAUGUUCACCUGAUGGUAAAUAUAGCCAACUAGCAAAUACUUCUGCAAUUAAAGACGUGGAUUCAACUGGUUGGCGUCUUUUACGAAGUGUCAACAAUGCUCCAGAGAUUUCAUUCGCCAUGCCAAGUAACUUUAAAUUGGAUAAUAGAAAAAGUGUUAAAAUCUACGCUUGUGAUCUUGUUUCAUCUAAUAUUAGUACAUGGGAUGUUGGUCAUACUAUCAUUACUCAUCUUUUUAAUGAUAAUAAUGAAGAAAAAGCACUUCACAUUUAA